CUAAAAAGAUAAUUAAGCCUAAAAUGUUUCAAGAAAGUGAGAAAAUAGAAGAAAAGUGAAAAGAAAAGCCCAAACCUAAACCGUUGUAACAGUCUGCUGUUAUAACUCGCCUCCGCUCACAACUCCAACAAUGGUGAAGCACUACAGACCCGCGGGGAAGAAAAAGGAGGGAAAUGCUGCUAAAUUCGUCACCAGGUCACAAGCACUGAAGCAGCUUCAAAUCACUCUACCACUUUUCAGGAAGCUAUGCAUUUUGAAAGGUGUAACUCCCCGGGAGCCGAAGAAGAAGUUCAAAGGAAAUCAUCACACUUAUUACCAUGUCAAGGAUGUUAGCUUUCUUCAUCAUGAACCUUUGCUGGAAAUACACAGAGCUAUAAGGGUACAUGAGAAAAAAAUAAAGAAAGCAGAGGCCAAGCAAAACAUUGAACGUGCAAAUAGGCUGCGGGACAAAACCCCCAAACCCAAAGUAGACAGGAUUAUUCGCCAGAGGUACCCAAGAUUUGUGGAUGCACUUGGAGAAUUGGAUGACUGUCUUACAAUGGUGCAUCUUUUUGCAGCAUUACCUGCAUCAGAGAGAACAAAAAUUGAAGUAGAACGUGUCCACAAAUGCCGCAGAUUGGCGCAUGAAUGGCAAGCAUUCAUAUCUCGCAUGCACAAGUUAAGAAAAACCUUUGUAUCUGUGAAAGGAAUAUACUACCAGGCAGAGGUUGAGGGUCAGACGAUAACAUGGUUAAGUCCUCAUUCACUUCAGCAGGUCGUGCCUGAUGAUGUUGACAUCGUUACCAUGCUAAGUUUUCUGCAGUUAUAUGAGCCUCUUCUCAGUUUUGUUAAUUUCCGGCUCUAUCAUUCUAUAAAUUUGAAGUACCCACCCAUACUCGAUCCUCAGUUGGAAGCUUUGGCUGCAGAUCUAUAUGCACUGUCAAGAUAUGCCAAUGCUGAUCCCAAACCCUCUGUAUUGAAUUCUGAAGCUUCUCUUUUAGCUGGAUCUGAACAAGUGGAAUCCAAGCAAAAUAGGGCUGUAACUGAAAAAGAACAUUCUGAACUAAGACUUGCUCAACUUCAGCAUCAACUUCCUUCUAAUGAACCUGGUGCACUAAUGCAACUUGUUGACAAAGUCGCAGGUGAAGAAGUUGAAGAGGACCAAGAUACAAGAGAAUGUAAAAAUCUCUUUAAAAAUAUGAAAUUCUUCUUGAGUAGAGAGGUACCCAGGGAAUCCUUGCUUUUUGUUAUUCCAGCUUUUGGAGGUACAGUUUCAUGGGAAGGAAAGGGGGCACCUUUUGGAGAAUCUGACCAGAGCAUUACUCAUCAGAUUGUCGAUAGGGAAGCGCAAGGUCAUAGGUUCCUCUCUAGGGAAUAUGUUCAACCACAGUGGGUAUAUGACUCUGUGAAUGCGAGAGUUACUUUGCCAACAGAAAAGUAUAUGGUGGGAAGGAUUCCUCCACCGCACCUGUCACCUUUUGUUAACUAUGAUGAAGGAGCAUAUGUUCCUGACUAUGCAAAGAUUAUUAAACAAUUACAAGCUGCUGCUGAAAAGGAAGUCCUUCCGCUCCCAGGUAUUGGAAAAGAAGAUCUGGAAGAUCCUCAAAAUCUUCUGGCAGAAGGUAUGAUCGACCGAGUGGAGGCUAAUGAAGCAGCCAAGAGAAAGCAGAAGAUGAUGAUUCUGGAGCAGCAAUACCAUGAUGAUUUGAAGAAAGAACUCAAGGGUGUGACACAUACUUCAGCAGGUUCUAAUGUUGAAAAAGAAACUUCUGGAGGGGAGAAGACUGUAGAACCAGCUACCAAGGUUCAAGAAAAUGUCGAUGAUACUGCUGACAUGGGUAAACUUAUGAUGUCACGUAAGAAGAGGAAGCUAUUGGAAGCAAUGCAGAUAUCUAAUAAACGCAAGCAAGAUCAGACUGAGCUUCUUAAACAACGGAGAAAGAGAUUAGAUGAAGCUCAGAGUUAAAAAAAAGUUGAAGAGAUCCUGCAUCUUCAAGGAUUCCAGCUAUGACUUCAUUUUGUAUUGUAGCUGCUGAUUUUGAACUUAAUUAUGCUCUUGUUCUUUCAGUUUUGUUACUUAUAUGUUUUCGUAAGUUAAUUUGGAGUCAGGAGUUUUCACGUUUUCAGAAUUGAGGCUUAGAUUUUUUGCCUGUUCUCCAGAUUUAGAAGUUAGAUCAACUAGGGUGUGUAAGAAAACUAUAAAUGUAAACUGGAUAUUUUUAUUUUUUAUUUUUUUGAACCUAGAGAAAACUGGAUGUUACUCAUCGUAGUUUUAGUUAUUGA